CGGUGACUAGGCCGCGCCGCCGGGCGCCAUCUUGGCUGAGGGCAGCCCCGGCUUCCCGGCGGCUUCAGCGCGGCCGAGAGCACCGGGAGGCGGCCGCCAGCUUGGCUGAGGGCACCGGCGCAGCGCGGUGGAGGGUGGGGGAGAAAAUAAACCAACCGAACCCAGCGCUAAAAACACGCAGGAGCGGGUUGAAGCCCGCAGCUGCUCCCGCCGGGGUUGAGGGGGGGCGGUGAAGAGAGAGCCCCGGCAGCGCGGCGGCCCCGUGAGGUGCCGGGCACCCUGCGAGGCCAUGGGGAGGAUCGGGCUGCAGCUGCGCGCCACGCUGGAGAACAUCACGGGACUGCGGGCCGCGGGGGAGGACUUCCGAUGGUACCUCAAGCUGAAAUGUGGAAACUGUGGUGAAGUUUCUGAAAAAUGGCAGUAUCUGCGAUUGAUGGACAGUGCUCCCCUGAAAGGAGGCAGAGGAAGCGCCACGAUGGUGCAGAAAUGCAAGCUGUGCUCCAGGGAGAACUCCAUUGAUAUCAUAAGUCAGACAAUCAAACCUUACAACGCCGAAGACAGUGAGAAAUUCAAAACAAUAGUGGAGUUUGAAUGCCGAGGUCUGGAACCAGUUGAUUUUCAGCCACAGAACAAAGACUUCACACCUGUUACAAAGCUAAAUUUAAUAUCCUCCUUCUGUGCACUCUAUUGGAGAGUACCCUCGAAUCCUGAGCAGGCAGGGUUUGUCGCUGAAGGCGCAGAAUCUGGCACACCUUUCAAUGACAUAAACUUGUUAGAAAAGGAUUGGAAUGACUAUGAUGAAAAAACAAAGGAAUCUGUUGGAAUCUAUGAAGUUACCCAUAAAUUUGUAAAAUGCUGAAGUUCAUACCCUUAACAAAUCUUGACACGCUCAUUGAAGACGGAGCUGUAACUAUUGGAGACUCAGCUUCCUUGGAGUUCCUUUUCACACGGCUGUACUGCAGAAAUGGAAACUUCAGUUGUACUCAGUCCCCAGGAACUCCUAAUAAAGUAUUUUCCACAGAGCA